UUUGAAACCGGAUGUCAGUAGCACUGUAGCGACUUUUCCGUGCCACAGAUGUUUAAGGGCUCGUUUACAACGUCUGUCCAGUGGCACCUACCCACCGAACAUGGCUGUGAGUCUGCAAAACCUCUUCUCGUUAGAAUCCGAAGACUUUGAUGAUGAGGACUUCCUGUCUGUUUUGGAAGAUACAGAGUCCAGCACACCUUGUACGGUGCCCACCAAGAAUAGACGACUGAGACCCAUCUCUUAUAACACGUCUCAACUCAGAGAGGACUCCAAGGGCAUUGGCCUUAAACCAUGUCUCGCUACCAGGCAGCCGCCAGAACCUUCUUUAGUGGCUGUAAGGUCUGGCGGGUCUCAGAGGGCACCAUACUGUGCUCAGGAUGUGGAUGAUGAAGAACUUCUGUCAUUGUGCAGCGAGUUAGAAGAAGUGCCAGGAGCGCACUGCCAGAUCUCUGAAUCAAGGGGUAUAUCGAAGGCAGAAAUUGGAGCGUCCAAUCAGAGCAACUCCUGUAAGAAUAACUCAUCGGUCUUCCAGCUGCGUCCGACUGCAAAUGCUCACAGUCUGGUUCAUGGAUCUGGCCAAGGCUUCCCCAGGACACCUUCUGGCACGUCAAAGUGUCCCAAUAUGGACACCAACUCCCCUUCUGGUUACCAGUCAUGUCUCUUAGAACCCACAGCCAAAAAGCCCUGCCUGAGCAGCACAGACACUCUCUUUCUCACACCACGGAGAGGGCCGUCUCCGGUUUCACGCGAACUCCAAAGUACAACUCAAAAAGAGCCACCUGGUAACUCGUUACAGCUUGUGAACGGCCAGGCAUGGCAGCACGUUAGUCCAGUGGACCAUGCCCACAGUACUCCCCAAAUGUCCAGGUCAACCCUUACGUCACCACGUGUCCUUACUCCAAGCUCUCUCCAGACGCCUGUGGUAACAAACCAUCUGUUACAGUUGGUCACAGCAGCUAAUCAGAUACCUCGGAGGUUAUCUUGGGAGACGCCGACCCCAAAAGAGAGGAAGUUCCCCGGUCCUGCUGGACUGCUCCCCCAGCAGAUGAGAGGCCGGGCGCUGGAGGAGAUCUUGGUCUCUGCUCCUCACACACCGAGCCAUGGUGCACGAGCGAGACUCUGCAGCAAGGAAGCUUCAACCUCUCAGCAAACAGGGGAAGAGAAUUUUAUCCGAGGACCAUGGGCGACCAUGAAAGGUGAUUUGGGAUUGGACGAGAAUGACCCUGGCUGCUUUCUGAGGACAUACAGCGUGGUCAUGGUACUGCGGAAGGCAGCCUUAAAACAGUUGCAGAAGAACAAGGUCCCUCAGAUGGCGGUGAUUCUGAAGUCCCUCACACCAGCUAAUGGAGACGCAAGUGCAGUGUUCAGGGACCCCACAGGCGAUAUACAGGGUACAGUCCACCAUCUCUUGCUGGAGGAGAGGGAGAGCGAGCUGAAGAUCGGCAGCGUUCUUCUCUUAAAGCAGGUUGGCGUCUUCUCUCCUUCUCACCGAAACCACUAUCUCAAUGUGACGCCCAACAACAUAGUGAAAAUCUACCCCCCGGGCGAGGAAUGCAGGACUCCGAGGUUUCCAGUCCAACCAACGUCUGAAGACACAGAUUUGAACAGUAAUGAAACCCUACAUCCUCGGCCAUCUUCCAGCACGACACAGAAUAAAGCGCCCCAGCCACCGGCUUCCGCCGACUGGGAUGCAGAUGAUCUUGACGGUCUCCUGUGUGACCUGCCCGAGGAUCCCGGGGACUGAUGCUCCAGCCUUUUCCCCUUCGUCCGAGAAAUAUACCCGGCUGGAACAUCCGUUGUUUCUUGCUCUAUAAGUUCAGACGUAGCUAUUUUCUGCGGAUUCUGUGGCACUCUCCAUGCAGCUGUCAAAGCCCUUCUUGGGUGGAAGGUGGACCAGAGUGGGCAUGAAUCAACAAGCAUUUGGCAUAAAAGUCCACUCAACAACUACAUAAAACAAACAAACACUUAACAGGAAAGCAACGUGCAGGUCGCUGCCCCGUGAAUGCAUCGAGAGCGGCGCGGCAGCCUUUCGGAUAAAUAUAUUUGGGUGCCCGUAUCGGCCCGUGUAAUUUCUCAGCGUGGGUCUGAGGACCUCGUCGGCGCCGCUGGAUAUAAAACCGGUGCGGGGGCGAGGAGCUUCUGGGCACGUGCGCGGAAGCGUCCCUGGUACCAGGAGACUGGCGUUCCGUUUCACGCGGGCUGUAAACGGUUAAUCCGUCUAAAAGAGAAAGUGUAUAGUAAAACGAUACUAGCUCUGA